ACAGCGCUUCAGACAACAGCUGGGCGCUACUGCGGGCUUGCGGCUGGUCCUGCUGGCAGGGGCAGCAGAGCGCUGUCGGUUACCGGCUCCACGCCAUCACAACACGUGAAGGUCGGCGAGUCUGUUGGUUCUGUGUUCGCUUCGGCCCGCGUGGUCACGCCGGGAUGGAUUCCUCCUCGUCCUCUUCGGGCUCUGGUUUGGGCUCUGUGGAUCCUCAGUUGCAGCAUUUUAUCGAGGUGGAGACGCAGAAACAGCGCUUCCAGCAGCUGGUGCACCAGAUGACGGAACUUUGCUGGGAGAAGUGCAUGGAUAAGCCUGGGCCAAAGUUGGACAGUCGGGCUGAGGCCUGUUUUGUGAACUGCGUUGAGCGUUUCAUUGAUACAAGCCAAUUCAUCUUAAAUCGACUGGAACAGACCCAGAAAUCCAAACCUGUCUUUUCAGAAAGCCUUUCUGACUGAUCUCAGCAUUACCUCUUUGGAAAAGUAGUCAAGAAAUGAAGAGCUGUUGAUGGGACGGUUGAAGAAAUGGCUAUGGGGGGGAUUGACUCCCACUUUUAUCAUCUUGAGACAUCUUGUCAUAUGAAUGAACAAAGACCAGUUUUUAUGUAUGGGA